AUGGAGAAUGCAGUUACAGAAGUGACUAUAGUUAGUGGCGUGUCCGAAAACAAAUUUCUAAAGAGUUUUGAACCAUACUUCGCGAAUUUUAACCUUACACCGACAAAAAUUAAACUUUUGAGCGCAUUUGCACUUGGAUCAUUUUUUGGUUGUGCUCUACGGUCCUCAUAUCAACACACCAAAGGUCAACAGCUGAAAAAUAUUCGGAGUGGAUUUGCGCUUGGAGUACGAGCACUCGGUAUUGCCACAGUUUUAUCGGUAUCUGGUGUUGGUUUACUCAUUCUCUCCAUAUCCGCAGCACUCCAAAUUGAUUUUCCGCAAGAAUUCGGCCAGAAAAUGAUCAAUUUGUGCGGCGACCGUUUUCGUAUUGACAGAGGAGAUAGCGUUACAACGUUUUCUGAGGUAUUUUAA